CGGCACUACAAUGAGCUCCCGGAGGGAUGGGGGGGGGAACUUACGCCGCUACGUGUCCAGGUCGCCGAGCGCCGGCGUCGGCUCCGGCGAGGGCGCCGGCGCCGGCGUCGCCGGGAGCCCCCCCGCGCACGCCGCGAUGACCGCCGUCGCGUUGCCCGGCCCGUGCCGCGUCAGGUCCAUGAGGACCUCGGACGACGCGAGCACGAUCCUGUAAUGGUCCGGCCCGCGGGGGGGCCAGGGCUCCGUCGCGACGACGCGCGUCGACCGGACCGUCUCGCACUCGUCCCGCGCCCGCGGGUCCGCCUCCUGGGCCAGCGCCGUGACGGCGCCCGCGAGCUCGCACGUCUCGGCGGGCGUCUUCUUGCAGAACGAUGGCCGCCACUUCGGGUGCACGGCGUAGGCGCACCGCUUGACCGUCCGGAAGACGCUCUCCUCGCCGGCGCGCCCCGCCCAGACGUGCGAGUCGACGAUGACCUGGCGCGGCGCCGUGCAGCACGUCUCGCACGGCCUGACGCCGCCGUGCCCAUCCUUGCAGUAAGGCCCGACGCCCUGCGUGAAAAGGCACUUGCCCCGAUCGUCGGCCGUGCAGACCGAGCAGUAGCCCGCGUGGGGGUCCAGCGCGGCGUCCUCGGCCUCGCACGGCGUGCAGGGGUCCCGCGCCGUGCACGCGGCGCCGCGGCCGUGGCGGCAGUCCCGGUCCGUCGGCUGGGUCCCGCGCUCGUGGAUCCAGUGGGGCACGAACCGGCCGUCGAGCUCCUGGCAGUACGCCGAGCCGUCGGCCGGGCACGGGACGGCCGCGGGCGUCCCGUCGCCCGCGUGGUAGACGCGGCCCGUGGCGUGGUCGACGCACCGCGCGUAGGGGUGGCAGAAGCACGGGUUCACGGUCCCGCCCGCGGGGUUCAGCCGGUCCACGGUCGAGCGCUUGCCGCCCUUGCGGCUCCGCUCGCAGUCGUAGCGCCGCGUGUGCGCGGGCAUGACCGACGGCGGCGCGUGGUUCGCCGCGAGGAAGACGUAGUACCACUGCACGCAGACCAGGCCGAGCAGGCACCCCGCCGAGAAGUAGUAGCCCAUGUCGCUCCGCGCGCCCCGCCGGCUCGCGUAGGACGCGAAGAUGGCCACGGCCCACGCCACCACCAGCCCCACGAAGAGCGCCGCCGCCACGUUCUGCACCGAGCCCUCGUCCAGCCCGUAGUCGUAGCACACGAGGCCCCCGAGCACGCACUCGCCGCCCCAGCUGGCGUGGCUGCCCCCGAGCUGCACGUCGCCGGCGUCGCGCGGGCCCGGCCGGAGCGAGCCCAUGUUGGCGUAGGGCUGCCCCGCUUCGUCCGGUGGGCCGCGGGCUCAAAAUAG